AUGGCGGUCACAGACACAUCCUCGUGCGAUACGUACAUCAAGAACACAUAUAAAACUGUCGUGCGGGCACCAAACAGGCACUCCAUACAUGGCAAGAUCAACACCGCAAGCAUGAAUGACAAACCGGCAUUCAAGCUCUUCUACUUUACCAACGAGAAGCCAUCGGGUAAUCCGAAAGAAGUGUUUCGUCGACUUCGUUCUCACAGCAAAACCAAAGACCAUCCGCUGUUGCAUGCUUUCAUUACCGAAGCGACUGCCAUUGUUCGGGAGGAGCUCCGCCAGGCGCCGGACAGUUUGCGAAGCCAAUUGCCCCCGUUCGAGAACAUCCUAGACUUAGCUGAGCUGCUAGAUUGGCAACAAGGUGCUUUCCUCGCUAUCUUCGAAACCGUGUUCCUAUGUUUGUUACAGCUGUCACUUGUCAUUGGAUACUUUGAGAAAUUCCCGAACGAGUUUGCGCUUUCAAAAUCGACAUCAUGCUUUACUGGAGUUGGUCCUGGCUUGUUGGCAGCGGCGGCCGUUGCCGCCUCGCCAACGCUCUCAGAUCUCCCAAAGCUUGGCCGGGAGAUGAUUCGAGUUGCCUUGCGUUUCGGAAUGGUGACAGAUGAAGUGACACAGAGUAUUGAGCCCCGCGAGCCUGGACGGCCAAGCGAGAGUACUGCCGUGAUGUUGAUAGGCAUGCAUGAGGAGACGGUCCAAAAGGAGCUGGAUGCCUUUAACAAAUCCACUCAUAACCCAAGGCCCAGCCAUAUCUACAUCAGUGUCAUAGGCGAGGGGAGCAUCACAAUCAGCGGCCCUCCGUCAAAGCUUCGUAGGGUUUUGAGAGAGUCGGACGUCCUGCGGUGUGCAGGAUAUAACCAGCUGCCCGUAUAUGGGGGCCUUGCCCAUGCACCGCAUCUUUAUAAUGAGAACUACUGCAUCCGAGUGACAAGCUCAAUGGACUCUUUAGUGGCGGAUAAGGCCAUGGGCGAUACUCCUCCUUUUCUGUCACCUGGAGAUGGAUCGCCUUUUCCAGGCAACACCCCACGGCAGCUGUUCCAGUCGGCCGUCAGCGAGAUUCUGACAGGGGUCGUCUGCUGGAACAAAGCACUGGAGAGUGCUCUAGAUAUUAUCCAGAACGCAUCUACCACGGGGCCCCAUCUCUUUGCCCUCAACCCCUGUCGCGAGGUCACCCAGAUGGUAAACGCAGGAGCCAUGCAUCAGCCCAAAUGUGACUUCCAAACACACAUCAUGGGUCACUGGGUAUCCAGUGAUAGCGUUAGCCCCUCCACCCUUCGCAGAGAAGACUCUCCUAUUGCAAUUGUAGGCAUGUCCUGCCGCUUCCCCGGUGGUGCGGAUGACAUCGAACGGUUCUGGGAGCUUCUAGAAGACGGUCGUGACGUGCACAAAAAGGUCCCUGCAGAUCGCUUCGACGUCGACUUGCAUUGCGACCCAACUGGCAAGAGGAAGAAUACCAGUCUGACCCCGUUCGGCUGCUUCAUCGACCAGCCGGGCCUCUUCGAUGCUGGGUUCUUCGACAUGUCGCCCCGAGAGGCGGCGAAUACUGACCCGAUGCAUCGACUGGCACUGGUCACCGCGUACGAAGCGCUAGAACAGUCAGGGUUUGUUCUGAACCGAACGCCAGCAACACACUGCAAGCGCGUGGGCACAUUCUACGGCCAAGCAAGCGACGACUAUCGCGAGGCCAGUAGCGGCCAAAACGUGGAUACGUACUACAUUACCGGCGGCUGUCGGGCGUUCGCAACGGGGCGGAUCAACUACUUCUUCAAAUUCAGCGGGCCCAGCUUUAACUGUGAUACCGCCUGCUCGUCGGGCUUGGCGAGCAUUCAAAUGGCCUGUACCUCAUUGCUACAUGGUGACGCCGAUACUGUGGUGGCUGGAGGGCUCAAUGUCCUGUGUGACAGCGACGGCUUUACUGGUCUGAGCCGGGGGCAUUUCUUGUCCAAGACCGGAGGCUGUAAGACCUUUGACUGCAACGCCGAUGGCUACUGCCGCGGAGACGGGGUUGGGUCUGUCGUGAUGAAGCGGCUGGACGAUGCACAGAGGGACAACGAUAAUAUCCUAGGUGUUAUCCUUGCGUCUGCUACAAAUCAUUCCGCUAAUGCCAUCUCCAUCACCCAUCCACACGCCCAAACCCAGGCAGACCUGUUCCGUCACAUUCUCACACAGUCCGGGGUAAGUCCUCUGGAAGUGGACUACGUUGAAAUGCAUGGCACCGGCACCCAGGCCGGCGACGCAGUGGAAAUGGAAUCCGUCACCUCCGUAUUUAGCCCUGGGAGAACCAUGAGACCACAUCCCCUGCACAUUGGGUCUGUCAAGGGGAACGUCGGCCACGGAGAAGCAGCCGCAGGUGUUACGGCCCUAAUCAAGACGCUUCUCGCGUUCCAGAAGCAGGCUAUCCCCAAGCAUGUCGGAAUCAAGACGAUGCUCAAUCCAAAGUUCCCGGACCUUGAUCGCCUCAACAUCCAUAUCGCACUGGAGCAGGUGCCUUGGCCACGAAAUGAUGCCAGAACACGCUACGCUCUGGUCAAUAAUUUUGGCGCAUCAGGAGGAAACACUAGCCUUCUACUCCAAGAGCCCCCGGUACAAGCAGAGCCCGACACAGACCCUCGGACUGCUCAUGUUGUCGCCGUUACGGCGAAGAGCAAAGUGUCUUUACGGGGAAAUUUGGAGAGACUACUUGCAUAUCUGGAGUCAAAGCCCGCAUCUGUCGACCUGGCGCACCUCUCUUACACCACCAUGGCGCGCCGCACCCAUUACAAUCACCGGAUAGUAGUCCACGGCAGUAGUCAGGAAGAGGUGACAAAACGUUUGCGCGAGGCUCUUCCCACGGUAGACAUGCAUCGUCCGCUGGUGAACUUGGAUCCCUCUAUGGUCUUCGUCUUUUCAGGACAAGGCGGUUUUUACACUGGUAUUGGCUCUCAGCUUUACGAAAGCCAUCCGACGUUUCGGACAGAGAUUUAUCGGCUCGUGGAGAUAUGCGAGUCCCUCGGGUUCCCAUCAUUCCUGAGCACGAUCACUGGCAACCUCAAUGCGCACGAGGUCGAAUCCCAGCCUGUCAUCACCAACCUGGCUAUUGUCUGUGUUGGCAUUGCGCUUUGUCGGCUAUGGGACACGCUGGGUGUCCGACCCUGCGUGGUCGUAGGCGCCAGCCUGGGGGAAUUUGUCGCCCUCUAUGCGGCUGGAGUGUUGUCCGCCACAGACGCAAUUUACCUGGUUGGUCAACGUGCUCAGCUGCUGCAGGAGCAGUGUACUGCCAAUACACAUUCCAUGCUCGCCGUCCGCGCAAGCGUCGACCAGGUAACGAAGGCCCUUGACGGAAAGCCAUAUGAGCUGGCCUGCGUGAACGGGACGGACGAUGUGACGAUCAGCGGUGCAACGGGGAUUGUCGCUGAGCUACGCUCUACCCUGGAAGCACAUGGGUACAGAUGCACCCAGCUCGAUAUCCCGUACGCCUUCCACUCAGCUCAAAUGGACCCGAUUCUCGAUCAACUUGAGGAGAUCGCCGAAGGCGUUACCUUCCAUGACCCGAGUAUCCCGGUGAUCUCGCCAGUGGAGGCAGCUUGUGUGUUUGAUGGCAAGUCUCUGGGGCCGUCCUACAUUCGCGGCGUGACACGGAGACCCGUCCAGUUUGUCGACGCAUUGAAGGCAGCGCAGGACCUGGGCCUGGUGGAUGAAAUGACCAUCUGGGUGGAGAUCGGCCCCCGCGCAUCCUACAGCCACUUCGUGCGCAGUGUCAUGGCCCCCGGGACGGUGACGGUCCCCAGUUUGAAAAAGGGCGAGGAUAACUGGCUCACCCUUGCCCGUGGCAUGGCCCAGAUGUACAGUCUCGGCGUGCCUAUCAACUGGCAGGAAUGGCAUGCCCCGUUCGAAUCACAGCUCCGCUUGCUGGAGCUCCCUUCGUAUCAAUGGAAUGCUAAGAAUCACUGGAUUCCGUAUACCGGGAACUGGAGAUUGUAUAAAGGAGACGUGCCGCCUGCAGUUGUUCCCUCCCCCACCCCGUCCGCACUACGCACAUCCCUGGUGCAUAGUCUGGUGAAGGAAUCGAUCAAGGAAAAUGAAGGUGAAGUCGUCAUCCAGUCUGACAUCCUGCAGCCCGAAUUCCUGGAAGAGAUGAAGGGGCAUCUCAUGAAUGGACAUCCGGUAGCAACUAUGACAAUCCAUUCGGAUAUUGCAUUUACCAUAGCGACGUAUCUGUUUUCUCGCUUGCGGCCUCGUACGACCAUCCCCGGGAUCGAUGUGAGAAACAUGCAUUUCGACCACGGGCUUAUAGCACGCAAGGAUCGCUCCCAGCCGCAAUGCAUUCAAGUGCGUGGGGUUGCUGAUCUCAAGCAGGACUCCGUGCAGCUCUCAUGGUACGAAGUUGACGAAAACAAUGAACCAGCGGAAAGCCCCUUCGUAACUGCAGAGGUCGAGUAUGGCGAUCCAGAAAUCUGGCUGCAGGAAUGGGCACCCUCUGCGCAUUUGGUCACCAGCCGGAUUGAGGCCUUGAAUCGGAUGGCCGACGAAGGCCAAGCGAGCCGGCUGUCCUCCGACAUGGCGUAUGAACUCUUCAACAACUUAGUCGACUAUGCGGAUAAGUUCCGGGGCAUGCGGACAGUGGUCCUGAACGGCAUGGAGGCCGUGGCCAAUAUCUGUCUCUCAACUGACACGUCCGGCCAGUGGACGGUGCCGCCGCACUACAUCGACAGUCUGAUUCAUCUGGCUGGGUUCAUUCUCAACGGAGGCAACGCACUCAACCCACGGAGGGAUUUUUACGUCACUGCCAGGCUCGGGUCUCUACGUUUUGCAGAGCCAUUGGCCCCUGGCGGUCGGUACGUGUCAUAUGUGAAGAUGUUUCCCGUGCCUGGAGAAUCGGGCUUCUAUGCCGGCGAUGUAUACAUCCUUCAGAAUGACCGAGUCGUGGGUCUGGCUGAGGGCAUGGCCUUCCGCACGUUUCGACGUGUGCUUCUGAACAAGUUCUUCAGCCCUCCGGACGCGCAGCCUGCCCUUCUAUUAGCACAUGAGGCCACCAGCACCCGCACGCACUAUCCAUCUGGCCGAGAGAGAUCCCGAAAGCAGAGCCCGGGAAGCUCGUCCAGUGCGCCAGCCAGUUCACCGGAGCAGUCGCCUUCGCCCAAUACCGACUCGUCAGGAGGGCAGGAAUCCCGUCCAUCUGUGCUGACGCCUGAUUCCUCGCGAGAGACGGCAGUGGUAAGACAGGCGAUUGCGCUCAUCGCGGCAGAGACCGGCGUUGAGGAGUCGGAGCUGACAAACGAGACGGAGUUUGCAAGUAUUGGCGUGGAUUCUCUGCUUUCGCUUGUUUUGGCAGAGCGGUUUGUUGCGGAGUUGAAGAUCAACGUGCGCAGUUCGAUGUUUAUGGACUGUCCGACCAUUGGGGAUCUUAAGGAAUGGAUUGUCAACUAUUGCUAG